GUCCUCCAUCGCGCCACUAUAAAUUUCCCACCAAGCUAGACUCUUCCUCCCAGCAACACACCAACUACAGUAUCUUAUCUCCAACUAGCACUAGCAGAGCAGUCUCCUCGUCUGUCCCUGGCCAAACACAAGCAAUCCCUCCCAGAGAACCAGCUUAAUUACAAGUGACCGAGCAAACUAAUGGCAAUGGCACCAACCGUAUCAGCUGUUUCCUUCUCCGCCCGCCCGUCGGUGUCGCCCGUGACAGUCCGGCCGCCGCGCGCCGUCUGCGUCUCCGCCUCCGCCGGCUCCGGGCGGGCUCGCGCCGGCGCACCCGAGGGGGGCAAGUGGUGGGCGCCGCUGGUCGGGUGGUCCGGACGCGCCGACUACAUCAAGGCCGCGGCGCCGGCGGCGUUGGCGGUGGUAGAGGAGGAGGAGGAGGGCGCCGUGAGGCCGUUCGUGGGCGGGCUUACGGAGGCGAAGGCGCGGCAGCUGCGGGCGCGGAUGGUGGAGACGGAGAGCUUCCACGACGCCAUGUACCACUCCGCCAUCGCCUCCCGCCUCGCCCGCUCCGCCUAGUCGUCCAGAACGAACCAACCAACCAACUCGCCGACAAACACCAGACAAGCUGCUCCUGUAUAUAUGGUUGUUUCUUGUUUAUACUCGUUGUUGAUGUUGUAUAUAGUCGCCAGACUCGAUCGUCAUGGAGCAGAGGUUGGAGGUGAAGAAGAAGACCUAGGAGGGAUCUGGUUUUUACAGUUGCUCCCUCCGGCCUCCCCUUCGUCUCCACCGGCCGCAAUGCUCCCUGAAUCCCUGAUUUGUAAUUACCAUGUACAGAAGUUUCGGCUUGGUUCCCCCCGUUUGCAAGUUGCAAGAUCCGGGACAUAUGUAAUUACGUGCGCUCUGCAGAUCUCUGAUAGUGCGCUGUGUUGCUCUCUUGUGGAUAAAUAAUAAACAUCAUCACCUUUCAGUUCUUC